AUGAUUAACAACCAACCAAAACUCGUUUUUAUGUUUGAUUUUGAUCAUACUCUUGUGGAUGAGAACACAGAUACCUUCAUCUAUGAUGGUUUGAUGCCUGAAUUACAUUCCUUUCUAAAAGAGUUACGACACUCGGGAUAUACAUGGACCGAAACCAUGAGAAGAAUAUUUGAAAAACUACUAACCCGAUUCCGUAUUGAUCAAUUGACAGAAAGAAUGGAAAAAUGUCCUAUGGAUGAAAAGACAGUAGAGUGUUUGAAAGAAAUUAAAAAACGUGAAUGUGAAGUGAAUAUCAUUUCCGAUUCCAAUGAAUAUUUUAUAAGUACAAUUUUGAAGAAGAGAGGUGUUGUGGAUUGUGUGACUCAUAUUCAUACAAAUGCAAUCAAAAUGGAUACUGAAAAGAAUACUAUUGAUAUUAUUGAAUAUUCUAUAGCUCAUGGAAAGCCUCAUGAUUGUAAGAGCUGUCCUGUCAAUAUGUGUAAAGGAGAGAUUGUACUUGAAAUUGUCAAUCAUCAUUUAGGCCAUCCAGAGAACAUAACGAGAAUGUCAUAUUUAUUUAUUGUGGAGAUGGAAAGAAUGACUUUUGUCCUCUUAAACAUUUGA